GUAAGAUGGGGAACGCAGUUAUAGAAGCAGUUGCUUCAAAAGGAAUUCAUCUUGUUCCUAUAUCAUUUUAGCAGAAGUAAUGAGUCUGGGAAAAUUGUGCAAGCGGGUGGAAAAGAGAUUCAGUUGUAUGGUCCUUCUGAAAGAGAAAGCAUUUUAACAUCUGCCUUUGAGGAGUGUCCAAACUUGAUGGUGGUGGACUACACAUUGCCUGCUUCAGUGAAUGAUAAUGCAGAGUUAUUGUAGAGUUGGGGUGCCCUUUGUAAUGGGUACUACUGGUGGAGACAGGGAGCGGUUGUAUAAGAUUGUAGAAGACUCAAAAGUUUAUGCUGUGAUCUCACCUCAAAUGGGAAAACAGGUUGCAGCAUUUCUUGCAUCAAUGGAAAUUAUGGCUGAGCAAUUUACCAGGGAAAGGCCCUUCCCUGGAUAUUUCCUAGAGGCGAUGGAGUCUUACCAAGCAAGCAAAUUGGACACGUCUGGAACUGCCGAGGCUGUCGUUGGAAGCUUUAAAAAGCUGGGAGUCUCCUUUGAAUUGGAUAAGAUACAACGAAUCCGUGAUCCAAAGCAACAAAUGGAGAUAGUGGGUGUGCCAGAGGAGCAUCUGUCUCAUCAUGCAUUCCAUUUGUAUCAUCUGACAUCACCCGAUCAAACUGUUUCUUUUGAGUUUCAGCAUAAUGUUUGUGGCAGCUCAAUGUAUGCUGAGGGUACUGUAGAUGCUAUAAUUUUCCUCUCUCAAAAGGUUCAGUCAAAAGCAGAAAAGCGGAUCUACAAUAUGAUUGAUGUCUUGCGGGAGGGCAACAUGCAAUGACAGUUGGGUUUUGUUUGUUUGCAGUGAUGGUUUUGAUUAUUGAGCUUCUACUUUUGUGGGCAGAACAGACUGGCGGAUCUGGUGGUCGAUAAUCGUUUGGACUUGGUAAAGGUUGUCGCGGCACCUGUAGCAGGACAGAGGACUUGUCGCCUAGUCUAGUAGGGUUUUUUUUUUUUUUUUUUUUUUGAAGUUUUUUUUUUUUGUCUAGUAGUUUUUUUUCUAUUAGUUGCGAUGCGAACAGGCCUGUAUGUAUGAGAUUAGUUGAGUAGUCUUGCUUUAGUUGUCUGCUAUAAGAUAACUAGUUUUGGGGCUUUCGACAUAAAAAAGCCUAUGUGGCUUGGCUUCGCUAUCGCUUUCCCACAUAAGGGACGAUAUCUUCACAUACAUUAGUGUCAGUUCAGUUGAUCCUUCUAAAUUCUGAAUCCCAUUUUGUAGCAUGCUCGUUUUUUUCAUUUAAUUAUAUAUUUUUUCUGUUAUGUUAAACUCUGAAAU